AUGGGCGCUGUCAGCUCGUGUUGCGCCGUGGAGGAAAGCGAGGAUCGGCAGGUGAUGCAGAAAGAGCAGGUUGCGAAGACCUCCAAGGGAGAAAGAUCUCGGGACGAGAAGAAGAAGGGGGAAAAGGUGGGGAAGAAGUCGCCUUCGCAUCGUUCUGGCAGUGCGUCUGCAGCUCCCCAAGUCACUGCCGCUGACAUCGAGGAGUUAAACCAGCGACUCCUCUCCGGUAUGGCCGUGCUGGUUCUUCUUCAAGAUGGCACACGCUUGCAGUGCAUCCUUCACUACAACGAAACGGAUAAUUCGCUUUCCAUUUCCUGCGAAGACAAGGUUCGCGUGAUUCCCCUGUCGGACGUCAAGGCUCUCUUGCACACUCGCGAUCAGUUGCAGAGGGUUGAGACCAAAGCGAAUUUGACAGACGACGACAGCUGCGUUGCUCUCCAUUUGUUGGAGUCUGGGAACUGCAUUCCUCUGCGGUUUGACAGCGUCAGAGAAAAGACCUGCUUCGUGGAACUCCUGAAGAAAUUGAAGGCAUAA